UAAAACUGAAGCGGAAGAGGGAAGCUCAGAAGCAGCAGAAGGUGCCAGGGAGGAACUCCAAAUACGCUGUGCAGUAAAAAUUUCCAACGGUCAGAAAACUUCAGCAAAGCUGUUCAGACAGAGUGGUCACUUUUGUCAGAGUGGUGGAACAAAACCCAUUUCCAGCUGCUCGGUACCUCUGCCUGUGCCACCGUCCUGCUGCUGCCCCUGGUGGGACCGCCAGCACUUUCUGUGUCUGCCCAAAUAGAAACCCAGCGCCUUCAGAGACAGCAGCAUCUGGUCCCCUGAUGCUGACAGGGUUUACUCAGCCUGAAAGAAUAGUGGGAAAAAUGUCUGCAGAUGUCCCUUGGAAUGCAGAAGGAAAUUGAGAUUUUAGCGUUGGAGGAGUUGGCCAUCACCACCGGGAGCCUUGCACUCGCCUGGAGCCGUGUGGUCAAAGCUCCAGGCUGGCAGCUCAGCCCGCUCCCUGCAUUUUCCGAGCCGUCAGCAGGAAAAAGGGCAACAACAUACGUGCUUUUCCAAAAGGGAGAGAAGAAAAGGGAAAGAAAGGAUUGCUGUAAGUCAGGGGUUGUGUUUAUGCUGCUGUGGAACUCUCCCUUAGCACACGGGCUGUGCUCGCUGCAUCCUGCCUCUGUUCCAGCAGUGCCAAGCUCGGCUCUACCACGAGAACCAUCUCAGUAAAUACCCUAUAAAUCUCAGGCAAUUACCUGUUAUUAUCUCUCGGAGCCAGAAGGCAAGGAAACUAUGCUCUGCAAUGUGAUACUGCUGCCAUACAAGAUCAGGUUGUGCAAUGCCUUGCUUUUAUGGCCAUUCCUGGUGCUUCUGCCUUUGGGUUCAGGACUGUGCCAGUCCUGAACUGGGCUGCUGGAGGCUUCAUGUGGCUCUCAUGGCCCUAUUGGCAUUGGGGUUAUGGCAUCGGGGUGCCUCUGAUUGCAGGGGAUGUUCAGUCCAUCCCAGCAGCAGUGCUGUGACCCUCUGGUCGUGUCUCUGCAGGACUCUCGCCAUGCCGGCCCUGCCCAGAGCUGCCCUGCUGCUGCUGCUACUGCUGCUGCUGCUGUGCAGCCUGCUGGCAGCCAGAGCCCAGGUCAACCCCGCUGUGUGCCGGUACCCCCUGGGAAUGUCAGGUGGGCACAUCCCCGAUGAGGACAUCUCAGCCUCCAGCCAAUGGUCUGAGUCCACGGCUGCCAAGUAUGGACGGCUGGACUCGGAGGAGGGUGAUGGUGCCUGGUGCCCCGAGAUCCCAGUAGAGCCUGACGACUUGAAGGAGUUCCUGCAGAUCGACCUGCGUGCCCUGCACUUCAUCACCCUGGUGGGCACCCAGGGCCGUCACGCUGGGGGGCACGGCAACGAGUUUGCCCCUAUGUACAAGAUCAACUACAGCCGGGAUGGCACCCGCUGGAUCUCUUGGCGGAACCGGCAUGGGAAGCAGGUCCUGGAUGGGAACUCCAACCCCUACGACAUCGUCCUCAAGGACCUGGAGCCACCGCUCAUUGCGCGCUUCGUCCGUUUCAUCCCUGUCACCGACCACUCCAUGAACGUGUGCCUGCGCGUGGAGCUGUACGGCUGUGCAUGGCUUGACGGGCUGGUGUCCUACAGCGCUCCGGCCGGGCAGCAGCUCGUCCUACCCAGCGGUACCAUCAUUUACCUGAACGACUCUGUGUAUGAUGGGGCCUUCGGGUACAGCAUGACGGAGGGCCUGGGCCAGCUGACAGAUGGCGUGUCGGGGCUGGAUGACUUCACACAGACCCACGAGUACCACGUGUGGCCAGGCUAUGACUAUGUGGGCUGGCGCAAUGAGAGCACUGCCGGCGGCUACGUGGAGAUCACCUUCGAGUUCGACCGCAUCAGGAACUUCACCACAAUGAAGGUGCACUGCAACAACAUGUUCGCCAAAGGGGUGAAGAUCUUCAAGGAGGUGCAGUGCUAUUUCCGAUCCGACGCCAGCGAGUGGGAGCCCAACGCCAUCUCCUCGGUGCUGGUACUGGACGAUGUCAACCCCAGUGCCCGCUUCGUCACCGUGCCCCUGCUGCACCGCAUGGCCAGUGCCAUCAAGUGCCAGUACUACUUUGCUGAUACCUGGAUGAUGUUCAGCGAGAUCACCUUCCAGUCGGAUGCAGCCAUGUACAACAACUCAGCAGUUCCCCCGGAGAUGCCCAUGGCCCCCACCACAUACGACCCCACACUCAAGAUGGAUGACAGCAACACACGCAUCCUGAUCGGGUGCCUGGUGGCAAUCAUCUUCAUCCUGGUGGCCAUCAUAGUCAUCAUUCUGUGGCGGCAGUUCUGGCAGAAGAUGCUGGAGAAGGCAUCACGGAGGAUGCUGGAUGAUGAGAUGACCGUCAGCCUCUCCCUGCCCAGUGAAUCCAGCAUGUUCAACCACAAUCGCUCCUCCUCCUCCAGCGAGCACGAGUCCAAUUCCACCUAUGACCGCAUAUUUCCCUUGGGUCCGGAUUACCAGGAGCCCUCACGCCUGAUUCGGAAGCUGCCUGAGUUCACGGCGGGUGAGGAGGAUACAGGCUGCAGUGGCCUUGUGAAGCCGUCCCCAGCCAGUGGCCCCGAGGGUGUCCCGCAUUACGCCGAGGCUGAGAUUGUGAACCUGCAGGGCGUCACGGGUGGCAACACUUACUCGGUGCCAGCCCUCACCAUGGACCUGCUGUCUGGCAAGGAUGUGGCUGUCGAGGAGUUCCCCAGGAAGCUGCUGACCUUCAAGGAGAAACUAGGAGAGGGCCAGUUUGGGGAGGUUCAUCUCUGUGAGGUGGAGGGGAUGGAGAAGUUUGCAGACAAGGAAUUCACCCUGGAGGGCUUGGAUGCCAGCCCCAACUGCCCCGUUCUAGUGGCUGUGAAGAUGCUGCGGGCCGAUGCCAACAAGAAUGCCAGGAAUGAUUUCCUGAAGGAAAUCAAGAUCAUGUCACGGCUCAAGGACCCCAACAUCAUCCGACUGCUGGCAGUGUGCAUCACGGACGACCCGCUGUGCAUGAUCACUGAGUACAUGGAGAACGGUGACCUCAACCAGUUUCUGUCCCGCCAUGAGGCACAGAGCCCUCCUGACGCCCAGGUGCCCACCAUCAGCUACAGCGACCUGCGCUUCAUGGCCACCCAGAUCGCCUCUGGCAUGAAGUACCUGUCCUCCCUCAACUUCGUGCACCGUGACCUGGCAACGCGCAACUGCCUGGUGGGCAAGAGGUACACCAUCAAGAUCGCCGACUUCGGCAUGAGCCGGAACCUCUACAGCGGGGACUACUACCGCAUCCAGGGCCGCGCCGUGCUGCCCAUCCGCUGGAUGUCCUGGGAGAGCAUCCUGCUGGGCAAAUUCACCACGGCCAGUGAUGUGUGGGCAUUUGGCGUGACACUGUGGGAGACCUUCACGCUGUGCCGGGAGCAACCUUACUCACAGCUGUCUGAUGAGCAGGUCAUCGAGAACACCGGAGAGUUCUUCCGGGACCAGGGCCGGCAGACGUACCUUCCCAAGCCUGCAUUGUGCCCUGAUUCUGUUUAUAAGCUAAUGCUGAGCUGCUGGAGACGGGACACUAAAGACCGUCCGUCCUUCCAGGACCUGCACCGCCAGCUGCAGGAGGCGGCCACCGAGGAGUGACCCUGUGCUCAGUGGGCACCACUUCCCAGGAGGAGAGCCCCAGUGCGGCAGGGGAGCACAGGGCAGCACGGCCCCGGGGCUCCGAGCUGGGAGCGCUGCGGGUUGGACAGAGGUUAUUUAUUGGGGACAGUGACUUUGUGGGCCCAGGACCACGUGCCUUAAGGGAAGCCAUACGGUUCCUCACCGUGCACCAUCAGACCCCUGCACGUGGGCAGGAGGAACUGUGGAUUUCAGGGUGCACGGACCCCUCUGACUUUUUUUUACGCCCUUACUUCAUCGCGGCACCAUUUGCAGUACCCUAUUGCUGAGGCAUGUAUAUAUUCAGUAGAAGCACCUGUAUAUACGGGAGAACCCGCUGAA